CGGGGACCCCAUGAAUAGGUUCUCUGUGAGGCAAGGCGGCGCCUGGCUUUGGCUCCGCGGGCCACGCGGCCCUGCCGCGGUUACUCUGCCCUUGCGGCCAGUGAUGUCUGCACGACCCCACCUUAAAUCGGCACCGAGUCCGAUCUGUGCUAGAGAAAGGAGUUUAGGGUGAAUCGUGAGGGCCGAGCCGCUGAGCGUUUUUAACUGGAGGCCACAUCAGAGGGGCAGCCGGCUCCCUUCCCUCCUUCCUCCGGCCUGUGUGUCCUGGCUGCCGUAGGUGACAGCCUGGGGCUGGGCCGCCUGGCUCAAGUGACCCAGACGUGAGGGAAUCCAACGGUGCCCUGAGGAAACGCGUGAGCCUGGCAUUCUGGCUCCCCUCACGGAGCUGAACCUGCCGGCCCACCUCAUGGCCUGUUCUGGGGGUUCUGAGCCCGCGUUCGGGGCUCUCACUGAGCGGGCACGGGUGAGAGGAGGGGGUGGGAGCUGCUGUCUCUAACGGUCCAUCUUCUGGAUGUGCCGACAGCCCUGAUGGGGGCACAGGGAUCCCCCCACCACGCUCCUUUUGCAGAUGGGGAACUGUGGGCGCUCGGGGGGUCACAGCCAUCUGUACACGUCUCCAGGUCAGCAGCGCGGGGCUCGGGGCCGCACCCACAGCCGCACAAGUGCAGCCUGCUCUGGCUGCAGGGUGGGCACCAAACCGGGGGACGGGGAGCAGAACACAGGGCUGGGGGAGGACCCCAAGACCGCAGCUCUCUUUCAAGUUGGGAAGGAGUUAGAGGCCGCUUGGCAGGGGAAGGUUGGAAGCACCCACAGAUACAGGAGGACGCUUGCGGGCAGUUUGCAGCCUGCCCUACAAAAACCAUCCAGUGCGGCAGCCUGGCGGUCGGCGGUCAGUCCCGUCUGCAGGGACUUCAGGGGGUGUUUGUGAAUCAUACUGUUUUCUUAUUUGUCACCUCUGGGCCAAAUCAGAUCUGAUGUUGGAGGCCAAAAGGAAAACAGCGUUACACAAUGUUAUUGUUUAAGCUUCAAAAAUCACCAGGCCUUAGCCGGGCGUGGUGGCGCACGCCUGUAAUCCCAGCAUUCUCGGGAGGCUGAGGCAGGAGGAUCGUUGUGGGUUUGAGACCAGCCUGGGCUACCAAGCCAGCCUGAAGGGCAUAGAGACCCUGUCUCAAAAAGACCAAAAAAAAAAAAAAAUUAUAUGAAGGGUUUAGUAAGAAUAGUUACAGCGCAGGCCUCAGACCCAGGAUAAGACAGAAAACAGUGUGCUCAGAAGUCCCAGAUGGCGAGAGCAACACUGACACCGCAGACCGGUGCCCUGCGGCUCAGGAGUCUGCGGAGUCCAUGCUCCGGGCAGAGUGGCGAGCAGGUGGCCGCAGGGGCAGGAGGGACAUGGCCACCUGAGGAGACUGGACAGGAAGGAACUGGGAUGUCUGGUGGCCAGGGAGAGCCGGAAAGCUUCAGGUCGUGGUCGCUAGGCGGGGCUAGCAGCAGGCGCAGGAGGCUGGGUGGCUGCUGGAGCCCCCCAGAGCGGGCCUUGACCUCCUGGUUUCCUAGGACGCCAGCGGGAGCCCGCCCUCUCCAGCCUGUUCUCCACUUGUCCCAGCAGAGCCAUGUUGGGGAAGCCCUGCCCGCAGCAAUGGUCACCAGACUCUACAACGGCAUGCGGCAGGUGGACCCAAGCGGGCGGGCGCAGGGGCCCAGGGAGAGCGUCUCUCGGGAGCAGUUCUCCGAGGCGCUGUCCCUCCUGCUGAGAGGCAGCGCCCAGGAGAAGAGUCUGGUGGUCCUGAAGAUGGUUUCUGCCUCGGAGGGGCCCGUGAAGGCCAGAGAAGUACAAAAGUUUGCAGAGGACCUGGUGGACUCCGUGGCACACGUCCUGACCCACAGGCAGGAGCUGCGGGGCUGGGCGGGGAAGGUGGCCUCGGGUGCCCCCGUCAGGGCGCAGGCCCUGGCCGCCCAGCUGGUCUCCGAGAUGAGGCUUCCAGGUGGCGAGAGGCCUCAGGGGCCUCAGUGGCUGGACGGUGACUGUGACCGAGCCGUGAUCGAGGACUGGGUCUUCAGGGUCCCCCACGUGGCCACGUUCCUGAGCGUGGUCAUCCACAGAGGCCUCCUCGUGCCCUGCGGGUCCCUUGACCUGGCCGCGCUGGUCCCCGAGUGCGCGCUGGGGCCGGGCCCGGGGCUGGAGAGCCUGCUGGACGUCCUGGCCGUCAUCUUCCUCAGCUCGCACCUGGCGCCUGAGCUGCGGGGCCGCUGGCGCCUGCUCUUUGCCUCCCGCCUGCACGGGCAGAGCUUCUCGCAGCUGUGCGGCCGCAUCACUCACCGCGGGCCCUGCCUGGCCCUGCUGGAGGACCGCGACGGCCACGUGUUCGGGGGCUUCGCCUCCCGCUCCUGGGAGGUCAAGCCGCAGUUUCAAGGGGAUAACAGAUGCUUCCUGUUCUCCAUCACCCCCAGCAUGGCGGUGUACAUGCCCACGGGCUACAACGACCACUACAUGUACCUGAACCAGGGCCAGCAGACCAUCCCCAACGGGCUGGGCAUGGGAGGGCAGCACGGCUACUUUGGGCUGUGGGUGGAUGCCGACUUCGGGAACGGGCACAGCAAGGCCAAGCCGACGUGUACCACGUACAGCAGCCCGCAGCUGUCCGCCGAGGAGAACUUCCGGUUUGAGAAGAUGGAGGUGUGGGCGGUCGGAGACCCCGCAGCGUCGUCGCCGGUCAAGGCUAAGAAGAGCAUCCUGGAUGCCGACCCCGAGGCGCAGGCUUUGCUGGAGGCCAGCGGGCGGACUCGCCACAGCGAAGGCCUCCGGGAAGCCCCAGAUGACACCACCAGCCAGUGAGCUACUGGGGUGUGGACCCCGGGAGAUGCAGAAGGCACAGCCCGUUGGGUAGUGGUGAGCCCUGGAGCCCUGGCUUCCCCCAUGGGUUUAACUGGACCUUGGAGGUGCAGCCCCACAGACCUGCUCAGGUCGCCCCGACGUGCUCGGUCAGAACACAUGGCCUAAGCCAGGAAAAAUCCCAGAACCCCUGUGCAUGGGACGAGCCGCUUAGCCUUACGCAGUGUUCAUUUUGUACCAGUGGGGUCCAAAAACGAGACCUUUGGGGCUCUGCUGGCAUCAACCGGCACAAACUUUGCCACGUGCAGCGGUCACCUGACUUCUUCCCAGGCCUCCCCGAUGGCCCACUAGGAGGGCAGAGGCUGUGGGUGGGAAUCGCCACGCUUCCAACAGUGUGGACUCUGUGUUCGUUAUUAAAAAAUCAACCCCAAGCCCAAAUAUCCCAGCACCGGGGAAGCAGCUGAAGAGGCUGGGGACAGCUGGCCCCGCCACGGCAUGGGUCUUCAGGAGGUGUCGGCCGCUAGGGCUCCGUCUCCAAACCACUCACUGUGGCUGGAGGUUUGGGGUUCCAUCUGCAGAGAAGCAGGGGUUCCCUUCCAUCACUAGUGCGGGUCGGGGAUACUUGGGGCCCCAGGUUCAGGAAGGUGCACGUGGCCCAACCCACAAACCCGCACUGAGUGCCGUCCAGUGCUGGCCUGGAGUCCAGACUGAGGCCCAUCGGCCGGGCCACCCGCCCUGCCCCGGCGGCUCCCCUGGGAGCAGGCAGGUGACAGGACAGGACUCCAGACCGGAGAGCAGGAGGGCCCGGGAUCCUGCAGUGCGGACCAUUCGUCCUUGGGGUGCUGCGGUCCAGGCCUGAAGCCCAGGGCGGAGAGUCCCGGCCCUGGGGGCCCGCCCGAGGACCCCGAGCGCCCCUUGGGGCCCAGAUCAGGGAAAAGGGGUCUCCGUUCCGAGAGAAGCUGUGCGGAAGGACUCGAGCCAGUUUGCGCUCUGCAGAUUCCUGCAUUUCCCUUUACCCAGCGUGCCCCGGGGCGACCCCGGCUGCGGCAGGGCCUUGUAAAUCGGCUUCACAAAAGCGCCCUCUGCGCAGGCUGGGGACGGCGUCCUGAUGCCGCCUGUGUAGACUUCGCGGGGUAGCCGUUGGCGCGUCUCCUCAGGUGCACGUGGGGGCGUCUGAUAAGACGCAGAGUCCACAGUGGUUUCCACCGCAGUCCAGGGAAUCGGGGUCCUCGUCAUCACUGCGAUGUGGAUUUUUAAAAAAUAAAAAUGCAGUUGAAUACCUCA